AAUCGCAUGCAACAGAAGGUGGAUGAGACUAAAGAUAGCGACCAACCAGUGACUGCCGAUGAAGCAUUUCAUGAAGUGUUAGGAUCUAAUUCUGGAUGCCUCAUAGGAGUUGGCUAUGGGCCAUUACCCCCACCUAAGAGAGUCGACACACGUGCUUUGAAUGAGUGCGCACAAGUUAGGGAGCAAAAUCACAAGCUAACAGAGGAAAAUGAGCGUUUGCAUGAAAGAUGUGGACAUCUAGAGGAAAAUAUGACCCAAGUCACUCAACAAAAUGAAAAGUUGACUGAAGAAAAUACCCGCUUGCAGGAGCGGUGUGCCAACCUUGAAGAAAAUGUGACUCAAGUGACUGAGCAAAAUCAAAUGCUGACACAGGAAAAUACUCGCUUGCAAGACAGAUGUGACCAUCUAGAGAAAAACAUGAACCAAAUCAAUGAGAAACAAGUAGUGUUUGAACACUUCAUGCGCCAACAACUUCAAAAAGGAGGCAACUAAUGGAGUGCAUCAAGUGAUUUUGGCAUGGAGAUAUCUACUCCAUUGGUGUUAGAUUUUGGCAUGGAGAUAUGGACUCCACCGAUGUUGAAUUUUGGCAAGAAGAUUAGUUGUAGGGAAUAGGCAUAGGGUGAAUGGACUCCCUGAUGUUG